AUGGGUAAUUGCUUAUUUUAAAAAAGUGGAGGAUUUACUAAUUGGCUAAAAUUUAGGAGAUUAAAGUUUAUGAGAUAGUACCUCAUAGUUAUGAAUAAUUAAAAAUUAGAUUUUAAAUCUGGUGAGAAAAACUUGGUGAGUGUAAUGAAAAAAUUUAGAAAAGUUAAAAUAUUUGACCUAGAUCUUAAGUAUUACUGCUUAGAAGAAAACAGUGUUUCUUUCUUUUUUAAACAAUUGGCACAAUAUAAAUCAUUAGAGCAAAUCAAAUUAAUUUUAGCGGUUAAUUUGAUAAGCUACUCAGGUGCAAUGUGUAUAGCUUAGAAUGUAUAGUAGUUAUAAAAUCUUAUAAUAUUUGAAAUAGAUUUUGAGGCAAAUCACAUAGGAUUUAAUGAAAUAAAGACACUGGCUAGGAGUUUAUCAAAUAGUAAACAUUUAUAAUAUGUAAAUUUAAAUUAUAGAUAUAAUCGAAUCAGCUAUGAUGAUAUUGAAAGAAAAAUUACUUUAAAAAACGAAUUCAUGAAAAAAAACUUACGUCUUGUUGUGCUUAAAAUUAUAUUUUGA